CGCCACUUUGUAAUCUCGGACUUGCUCCAAAACUGCAGAGCUCAAACCAGCCAACAUGGCAACAUUGCUAUCACACAUUUAGCUCACAAAUUCAUCGGCGAAGACAAAAAGCUCAACACUUCAGACUUUGUCCCCGUUCGUUUUAAAAAAAGCCCACUACCUCGUCGAACCAACCAGCAUUCUAGCCUGCCAACCCAAUCACUCAGACAAAAUGAGAAAGACCAACAGCAGCAACAGCCUCCACCUCCUGGUGAAAGAGUUCAAACGCAACAGCUCUUCUACCUUUGACUUCAACUUUGGUGCCCAGGCUAAUGAUGGGUUUCAAACCGCCAUCGAGCUGGAUACAGAUGCCUUUGAAACUUUUGUAACGGAAACUCUCUCAGAUCACAUCGAUCAAUCUUCAGAUGCUGUGUUUAAGAAUUUGCGAGAUCAAGUCAAGCGUCUAUACCAACAUGCCUCUAGCCAGAGUCAUCGGCUCUGCAAGCACCAGGCAAAACGAAGCUGUUCCCAUUGCUCUAAUUCCGAGCUGGCUGAGAUCGCCUUGUCUCUCAAGAGUGUCAUUGAAAUGUCACCCAAGAUGCCCGCCAGAGUGACAGCUGAGGUCCACUCGUUGAUUGGUUUGCUUAACCAGAACCAAGGAAACUUGAAGGGCGCCAUUCAGUCUUUCCUGAAGGCCCUCUGGAUCCAAUCCUCUUUGGUGGUGGGAGUUGCGGAUGACGAAGACGAUGAUGAUGACGACUAUGACUUGCCCCUGCAAAUGGCCCUCACAAGACACCGCCUUGGUUUUACCUAUGGCAAGACCGGGGAAUUUGCAGAGGCUGCGACAAUCUUGGACAAGGCAGUCCGGGACUACCAAGCUAUCCAAGCGGAUACGGAGAUGCACCGAAAGCUGUUGGAGCACGCCACGACAGAGCUGGGCAAGUUCCUGGAAGCUUCCGAAAUUGAAGCCAAUCUUCCGGGUAUCUCCAGCAAAAAGGCCAACCGAAGACGGACCCGACGUGGUGCCGACUUGACCGAUCGUACUCAUGUACUACGUCGAUCCAACACCGAAAAACCCGCGUCUCGCCCACCCUUGUCGGGAUCUGACCUUCGCCGCUCGUCCACGGAAAAGCCCAGCUCGAUUAGUCGGUCUUUCAACUCAUUGGCAGCAUUUGCUCGUGGACGAUCCAACACUUCUUCCAGCGGGAGCGAAGGCAAAACCAAUUUCCAGUGGUAAAAGGAUGCACACGAAGAUACUGUUACAAGUAGGUCAUGUAAAAUGCAUAAGUAGGAAGAAACUGUAUAUU